AUGAAGAAGUUUUCUCGGAUGCCCAAGUCGGACGGCACCGGCGGCAGCAGCAGCAGCGGCGGCGGCGGCAUCGGCGGGGCAUCGUCGUCGUCGUCGUCGUCGGGCGCCGUCGCGGGCUCCGUGGCGGUGGGCAGCAGCAGGGUCUUCGCCGUGGGGCGCUUCCAGGUCACGGUGGAGGAGGUGCUGGCCGAAGGGGGAUUCCUAAAUAUUUUUCUGCGGACCGGAGGGGGCGUGAGAUGCCACUUAAGCCGNAUGUAUGUAAAUAAUGUGCCUGACCUCAAUAUCUGCAAAAGGGAAAUAACAAUAAUGAAAGAACUGUCUGGGCACAAGAACAUUGUAGGGUAUUUGGAUUGUGCUGUCAACUCUGUUAGUGAUAAUGUGUGGGAGGUGCUUAUCUUAAUGGAAUAUUGCCGCGAAAGCAAAAACGGUACAAAAAUGUCAGCGAUCACUCACACGUUAGGGCUAUACAAAAUAUUCAGAUCAUAUUUGUGUUUGAUUAACUUUUAUUUUAAAUUAUUUGCCUUAAGGUAUACCACAUUGUCAUAUAGAGCUCCUGAAAUGAUCAAUCUUUAUGGAGGGAAAACAAUUACAACCAAGGCAGAUAUCUGGGCCCUUGGCUGCUUGCUGUAUAAACUUUGUUUUUUCACACUUCCCUUUGGUGAGAGUCAAGUUGCUAUUUGUGAUGGAAGCUUCACCAUCCCAGACAAUUCGCGUUAUUCUCACAGUGUGCAUUGUUUGAUAAGAUACAUGCUUGAACCAGAUCAAGAGCGACGGCCUGAUAUCUUUCAAGUAUCUUACUUUGCCUUUAAACUUGCCAAAAAGGAUUGUCCAAUUUUAAACAUGAAUAAUUCUCCUCUCCCUUCAACUCUUCCUGAGCCCUUGACAGCUAGUGAGGCUGCUGCUAAGAAAAGCCAAAUAAAAGCUAGAAUAACAGAUGCCAUUGGACCAACAGAAACCUCAAUAGCACCGCGUCAGAGACCAAAGGCCAAUACAAGCACUGCCACUUCUAGUGUACUUACAAUUCAGAGCGCAGCCACACCGGUAAAAGUGCCAGUUCCUGGGGAUUUUAACAAUGAACACAAAGGAGCCUCAAAGGUUGGAAAUGGUCAGGAGAGUGUAUUAUCGCCAGGAACCCCACAGCAGAACAGAGUAUUGCAACAACUACAGCAAGGUGACUGGAGGCUACAGCAGUUGCAUCAUUUACAUCAGCAACAGCAACAACAACAAUUGCUCCAUGAUUCAUACGUGCAGCAGUUACAGUAUCAGCAAGCAAUGCAGCAGCAUGCCGUUCAACAGCAGCUUUUGAUACGCUCUGUGUACCAGCAGCAACCACCCCCUCCUCCGUAUCCUGCUAUGAUGCAGCAGUACCAACAAGCUCUUCUACAGCAACAGGUCCUUGGGAAUCAGUUGCCACCACCGAAACGUUCUCCUGAAUUUCUUACCUCUCCUCAGGAGUUUUCGCCAGCCUUAAUCUCUCAUUCUAAAUCCUUCCCAGCUCAUGUUGGUGCAGCUUUGGAUGCUCCUUAUUCCACCAACAGAUCAUCUUCCUCCGACACAGAGUCUGCUUCCAGCUACCCAAAACAAAACAUCAGCAAUCCCCCGGAUAUGUCUGGGUGGAACCCCUUUGGAGAAGACAACUUCUCCAACCUGACAGAGGAGGAGCUGCUGGACAGGGAGUUUGACCUUCUGAGAUCAAACAGGCUGGUGGAGAGGAGAACUUCCUUAGAUAAACCAGUGGAGUCACAGUCUGCUCCACUCAGCCAUCCUUCAGAAGAUCCCUUUGGUUCUGUUCCUUUCCUUUCUCGUGCAGGCUCCCCAGGAAAUGAAAUUAAUAACCCAGCCAGCCAUCUAGAAAAUACAUUAGAGAGUCUUUCUAAGUAUGAAAGGCCAAGCCAGGUGGUUAAGGACCAGGAUGCUGGAAAGAAAGGCACAGAAGCACAGACUAAGAAAGGAAACGAUGAAUCGGAGAGCGAUUUUGAAUCAGACCCCCCUUCUCCAAAGAGUAGCGAGGAAGAGGAAGAGCAGGAGGACGAAGAGGUCUUGCAGGGUGAGUCUGGAGACUUCGUUGACGACAACGAUACAGAACCAGAAAACUUAGGCCAGCAUCCCCUUCUGAUGGAUUCCGAAGAAGAUGGAGAAGAUGACGAUAAGCACAGUUCUGACUCUGAUUCUAACCGUUUUCGGCCUGCAGAAGAGGUACCUUGCAGUAGAUUCAGAGACGGGCCUGGCAGUACAGAAAGUAGAGAGACAAUCCUUCCCUGUCCUUCAUCGACUGAGGUCCCAGCUUCCAGUCGGAGCCCCAAACAAGAAUUUGAUGUCUUUGGAGCGGUUCCAUUCUUCGUUUUGCAGCCCCAAGAACAAAAGGAUACGUCUCCCCAAGUUGUCCCCCGUGAGCCAGACCAGGACGACUUCGAUGUCUUUACCAAAGCCCCCUUCAGCAGAAGAAUAUCUCAGCAAGAUGAGUCGGUUUCAGGUUCCGAACCUCAAGCGUCUCCCGUCUCCCCCAAAAGCGUGGAUGUUUUUGGCUGCCUCCCGUUCCAGCCCGUUUCCCUCCAAAGGCCCGGUGAAUCCAGAGAGGAUCUGUUCGGCCUCGUCCCGUUUGAGGAGAUCACCGGGAGCCAGCAGCAACACAAAGCGAAGCAGCAGCAGCGGAAUCUGCAGAAGCUCUCUUCCCGUCAGAGGCGCCUGAAGCAGGAGGGGUCCAAGAGCAACGGCAAGCGCCAUCACGGAACCCCCACCAGCACCAAGAAGAACUUGAAGCCCAGCUAUCGGACGCCAGAGAGAGCCCGGCGGCACAAAAAAGCCGGCCGCCGAGAUUCCCAAAGCAGCAAUGAGUUUCUGACCAUUUCCGAUUCCAAGGAGAACAUAAGUAUUGCCCUGUCGGAGAGCAAGGACAGAGUCAAUCCCCUGCAGGGUGACGACAAUCUCCUGGAUCUCUUUGGAGCCAAGCCUUUCCAUCCAGCAGAAGGGCUGCGUCUCCCCCAACACCAGGGAUUGGGUGAUAACCGUGGGGAUCACAACACAGCAGUUCCCGGGAGACCCAGGCAGAGUUCCUUUCUUGGUAGCAUUCAUUCCGGCGACGGUGUAAAAUUAACGGAUGAUUUUGGAGCAGUUCCUUUCACCGAACUCGUGCCAAGUGUGACAUCUCAACAGAGCCAGCAGCAACAGGCAAUAGAGUUAGAUCCGUUCGGGGCAGCUCCCUUUCCUUCCAAACAAUAGACUCUUUUUAGGAACAUCUGAAUAUUUCUUUUUUUUAAAAAAAAACCUUGGAUUUAAUACGCCACUGUAAUCCAUUUACUUCGGUUGAGAAGCAAAUGUUUUAUUUUUUUAUUUUUAAAGUACAACACGCUUACUUCUCUGCGGCGACUCGAUGGGAUUUUAACCCCGGCAAUGUUAAAAGAGACAAGAUUGGGAUGGAUAAAAUGGCGGAAGUUUGAAUAGAGAAAAUCUUUCCGAACGUUAGGUCAGAAGAUCACAGAGGAUAUUAUUGGCUAUGACUAGAACAUUUCAGAAUUGCAUCCUGCGUAGAGGGCAAUUACACUUGAAUUAAUGGAGAGAUGGAAGGAUCAGACUGGGUCGACGAAGGAAAUAGGAUCUUAUCCGUCAGAAAUCGAG